AUAAAGAGGAGGGACUGGGAUAAGAUAUAUAAUGGAUGGAGAGGUCAGAAUAGAAACUCAGUCUCAGCUCACAUUGAAACAUCAAAAUGGGAAGCUUUCUCCUGUUAGGACUGACUCUGACAUGCAUCAUAGCUGUUGUCAUCAGCACACCCACCCAGUUUGAUGACAUGAUUAAGGUGACCACCACCAUUUAUGGCCUGGCUAACUUCUCUGAUUACGGCUGUCACUGCGGUGCCAACAACCAAGGAAUGCCCGUGGAUGCCAUCGACUGGUGCUGUCAUAGCCAGGACUGCUGUUACAAUAAGGCUGAGAUUAGUGGGUGCAAUCCGGUAACACAGACAUACCGUUUCUAUGUGGAGGAGGAAAGGAAGGUGAAAUGCAUGAAAGCCCAUAAUCGAUGUGAGAAGAUGAUUUGUGAAUGCGAUGAAAAAGCUGCAAACUGUUUCCGUAAAGAGCUGGACGAUUACAAUAUCUACUUCCGGAAUUUCUCUUCACUUGGUGCUUGCAGGGGCCCCAGACCAUUCUGUUAGUCGAAUGUCUCCUCCAUAAUUCACACAUAUCUGGGUAGAUGCAUUUCUUAGACAUUAUGCUAGCAUUACUAUGGAGCAGAUAAAGCUUAACAUAAUUUACCUCC